GGUCCGGGUUCGCUUGCCUCGUCAGCGUCCGCGUUUUUCCCGGCCCCCCCCAACCCCCCCGGACAGGACCCCCUUGAGCUCGUCCCUCAGCUGCCACCAUGAGCGACCAAGAUCACUCCAUGGAUGAAAUGACAGCUGUGGUGAAGAUUGAAAAAGGAGUUGGUGGCAAUAAUGGGGGCAGUGGUAAUGGUGGUGGUGCCUUUUCCCAGGCUCGAAGCAGCAGCACAGGCAGUAGCAGCAGUGGAGGAGGAGGAGGGCAGGAAUCCCAGCCAUCCCCUCUGGCUCUGCUGGCAGCAACUUGCAGCAGAAUUGAGUCACCCAAUGAAAACAGCAACAACUCCCAGGGCCCAAGCCAGUCAGGGGGCACAGGUGAGCUUGACCUCGCAGCCACACAGCUCUCACAGGGUGCCAAUGGCUGGCAGAUCAUCUCUUCCUCCUCUGGGGCUACCCCUACCUCAAAGGAACAGAGUGGCAGCAGUACCAAUGGCAGCAAUGGCAGUGAGUCUUCCAAGAACCGCACGGUCUCUGGUGGGCAGUAUGUUGUGGCUGCCACCUCCAAUUUACAGAACCAGCAAGUCCUGACAGGAUUACCUGGAGUGAUGCCUAAUAUUCAGUAUCAAGUAAUCCCACAGUUCCAGACCGUUGAUGGGCAGCAGCUGCAGUUCGCAGCCACUGGGGCCCAAGUGCAGCAGGAUGGUUCUGGUCAGAUACAGAUCAUACCAGGUGCAAACCAACAGAUCAUCACAAAUCGAGGAAGUGGAGGCAACAUCAUUGCUGCUAUGCCAAACCUACUCCAGCAGGCUGUUCCCCUCCAGGGCCUGACUAAUAAUGUACUCUCAGGACAGACGCAGUAUGUGACCAAUGUACCAGUGGCCCUGAAUGGGAAUAUCACCUUGCUACCUGUCAACAGCGUUUCUGCAGCUACCUUGACUCCUAGCUCUCAGGCAGUCACUAUCAGCAGCUCUGGGUCCCAGGAGAGUGGCUCACAGCCCUCCACCUCAGGGACUGCCAUCAGUUCUGCCAGUUUGGUAUCAUCACAAGCCAGUUCCAGCUCCUUUUUCACCAAUGCCAAUAGCUACUCAACAACCACAACCACCAGCAACAUGGGAAUUAUGAACUUUACCACCAGCGGAUCAGCAGGGACCAACUCUCAAGGGCAGACACCCCAGAGGGUCAGUGGGCUACAGGGGUCUGAUGCUCUAAACAUCCAGCAGAACCAGACAUCUGGAGGCUCUCUGCAAGCAAGUCAGCAAAAAGAGGGAGAGCAAAACCAGCAGACGCAGCAACAGCAACAAAUUCUUAUCCAGCCUCAGCUAGUUCAAGGGGGACAGGCUCUCCAGGCCCUUCAAGCGGCACCAUUGUCAGGGCAAACCUUUACAACCCAAGCUAUCUCCCAGGAAACCCUCCAGAAUCUCCAGCUUCAGGCUGUUCCAAACUCUGGCCCCAUCAUCAUCCGGACACCAACAGUGGGGCCCAAUGGACAGGUCAGUUGGCAGACUCUUCAGCUGCAGAAUCUCCAAGUUCAGAACCCACAGGCUCAGACAAUCACCUUGGCCCCAAUGCAGGGUGUUUCCUUGGGGCAGACCAGCAGCAGCAAUACCACCCUUACGCCCAUUGCCUCAGCUGCCUCCAUCCCUACCGGCACAGUCACUGUGAAUGCUGCUCAGCUCUCCUCCAUGCCUGGCCUCCAGACCAUUAACCUCAGUGCAUUGGGUGCUUCAGGAAUCCAGGUGCACCAGCUUCCAAGCCUGCCCUUGGCUAUAGCAAACGCCCCAGGUGAUCAUGGAGCUCAGCUUGGCCUCCAUGGAGCUGGUGGUGAUGGAAUACAUGAUGACACAGCAGGUGGAGAAGAAGGGGAAAACAGCCCAGAUCCCCAGCCCCAAGCUGGUCGGAGGACCCGGCGGGAAGCCUGCACCUGCCCCUACUGUAAAGACAGUGAAGGAAGGGGCUCUGGGGACCCUGGCAAAAAGAAACAGCACAUUUGCCACAUCCAAGGUUGUGGCAAAGUAUAUGGCAAGACUUCACACCUACGGGCACACUUGCGCUGGCAUACAGGCGAGAGGCCAUUCAUGUGUACCUGGUCAUACUGUGGGAAACGCUUUACACGUUCGGAUGAGCUACAGAGACACAAACGCACACAUACAGGUGAGAAGAAAUUUGCCUGCCCUGAGUGUCCCAAGCGCUUCAUGAGGAGUGACCACCUGUCAAAGCAUAUCAAGACCCACCAGAAUAAGAAGGGAGGCCCAGGUGUAUCCCUGAGUGUGGGCACUUUGCCCCUGGACAGUGGGGCAGGUUCAGAAGGCAGCGGCACUGCCACCCCUUCAGCCCUUAUUACCACCAAUAUGGUAGCCAUGGAGGCCAUCUGUCCGGAGGGUAUUGCCCGUCUUGCCAACAGUGGCAUCAACGUCAUGCAGGUGGCGGAUCUGCAGUCCAUUAAUAUCAGUGGCAAUGGCUUCUGAGAUCAGGCACCCGGGGCCAGAGACAUAUGGGCCAUACCCAUCAACCCUGGGAUGCAAGGUAGCAUGGGUCCAAGAGACAUGUGGGAGAGAGAGCCAUGAGGCAUUAAAAUGCAUGGUGGUGGGAAGAAUUGGGGGAGGGAUACAAGAGAAGAGAUGGGGUCUUGGCACCCACCUAUAUCAUCAGUACCUCCUUGAAGUGGGAAACAUUAGUGAAAAUUCUGUUGGUGCCACCCUUUGAUGAGCAUUUGUUUGACCCCAGUUUCUUAUACUUCUUACCCCAGCCUCCCCUUCCUGCGUUUCCCUUCUCAGCUUCCCCAUGAUGGAUCCCCCCUUUCCUAAAGCCAUCAUGCCUUGAUAAAUAUAUAUGAUCAUUGAAAUACUUUUUAACAAAAAACAGAUUCUAUAUUAUAUAUAUAUAAAUAUAUAUAUAUAUAUAAAAGAUAUAUAGAGAUGCAUUUGCAGGGGUUGGCUGGGAGGAGGAAGGAGACCAUUCUGUGACCAAAAUACCUUGGUCAUUUUUUUAUAUUGCCUUAUUUCCCUAUGGCUGAGCCUUGUUGUGACACAUCAAGCUUUUCUAUAGAUGUUGUCUUGGCUUCCCACCAGAUGAAGCAUUCAUAUGCUCUGCUUUUAGUUUAUAUAUACAUACAUAAUGUUUUUCCUUUCUUAAUUUUGUCUUUUUAUUUGGGAUCAGCUUCUUGCACUCCUUUCUUGACGCAACCUUUCUGUCUCCCUUUCUCUCACCUGAUCACUUCAUGUUUUGGUUUUGGUAAUGAUCCUUGGAUGAGGCACUUCUGUCAAUCUUUUAAGGUCCUUGGUCCCAGCAGCAGAAUGGAGAGCCUUGAAGCCCAGGCUGAUGCUUGAGGUAGCUGUGGAGAGAGUGUUCAAAAUACUACUGACGCAGGCACCGUCUUGGCGCUGGAGAGUCCAAGGCACCUCUCGUCAUUAGCUGCUUUAAGUAUCAAGAGUCUUUCUAUGGAAUUGUACAAGAGACCCUUUAAAGGUUAUAAUCUGGGAUCAGUUUAUAUAAACUGUCAAAAAGUGGUCAAGUAAUAGGUAGGGACUUUCAAUAGGAAAAUGAUGUGCCCAGAAGCGGAAGUGACUCAUAGUAGUCCAGUUCAGGAGUUAGUGGAGUAUUUGGACUUUUGUACAGUGUCUUCCAAAGUAGCUCUAAGCUUUGGUGUAUGGGUUUCUGAGGUCACAUUCUGCAAGGAAAUGCACUUCCUCUUUUGAACAUCCCUGGUAGUUUCUUUCUUAUGUUGUUAAGGAGCAUCAGCCAAUGAAUCUGUUCCCAGUUUCCAUUCUGCAGAACUCCAGAGCAUGUACUAGUGGCAAGGCAGUGGUUCCUUGAUCUUUUCCCUUAACUCUUCCUUGGGUGGUUCCUAAGGGAAAAGGAAGCACACGAUCAUGGGAAUGAUAGCCCAGAACAAAAAGAAAUCUUGUCUUACCACUGUGGUUUAUAGGAGAGAUCGGGAGAUGCCAUCCUGCUUUCUCCAUGGCCUGAUUCCUGAAGAGACUGAUCCAAAAAUUAUAGCGGCAGGGAACUCUUAGUGCAUUUGGCACUGAGAUUUAAAUGCAACCAGAGUUGUCCUCAAGGCCCAGCCAUUAAAACGUUGUCUCUCUUGACCUUCUGGUAUCUUGUCAGAGAGCUUUUCACUGUGAGGAAGUGUGGAAAUGGCUGUGUGUAUGUGUGUAAUCUGUUAGGUUGGGGAUAGGUUUUCUGUUAGCCUAUACUAAAAGAGACCUGCAAUAAAAAAUUGCCCUGAUCUGAUAGAAAAUGAAGUGUUUGUGUAUGACUGUGUGUGUAUGUGUGUUUGUGCCUGUAUAUAUCUACACACAAAUGAGAAAUUAUAUUUGAAAUUGUUGGAAAAUAAAUCAAAUUCAGCUCAAAAAUGCCUUUCAGGCCCAUUACCUAGAAAUCUAUCUUAAAACCUGGGUAUGUUCCUGAGGUCAUUUCUUUGCUUAUGCUAAAUUAGUUACAAUUAAUGAUGGGGGAUAUUCGACUGCACUUUUGAAGAAAAAACUAUUUUUGUGUUUGAAAGAGAAACCAACAUCCAGAUCUAUAGCAGAGUCCUAGUUUCUUUCAUAAAUCUUUUUACCUUGACUACAAAUAGAUGAUGCUAUGAUUCUACUAUAUAUUUUAUAUCAAAUCUAUCCAAAUUAGGGUCUGGGUAAUUUUGUGUUGUUGUUUAGCCAGAAAUACAAUAACUGUUGAUAUUCUAAACAGUAGUUCACUCCAUUUGGUCCUUCCUCUGCAGACUUCAUACACUCAGGAACUAUUGCGAGGAACUUUCCCCAAAUCAAAUUCUGUUAAUACUGAAGUAAAAGUCAUCCAUGCCCAGCCACUUAUCACACACCCUUUAUUCCCACUGAAAGGCAGAACUCAGAACCUGUUAUUUUAUGUCUGUAAUCAUGUACGUAGGCAUCUUUUGGAGGAAAGGGGCAGGAUAACUCACCAGAGUGUGUGGUAUUUUGCUAGAGCAUUUCAAGAAAUGGAAUCUUCCCCGCUAUGAAAUUAUUUGAUAUAAACUAGCUUAAUGAUGCUGAGGACUACAAGUGUUUAGAAGGUUAUUUGAUGAUGAUUUUCUCUGGGAUGAAAUGCUGGUUUACCCUCAAGCCCCUUCAUGAGCAUUGUUAAAAGUGAAUUCCUAGUCCGUUCCCUCCACUUGCCCUCUUUUUGCCAAGGAAGCUCCAAAUGCAGUAUCUUGUUUGGCGCCCAGACUGAAGCAGCUUCCGCUCCUGUCUUCCAGCAGCAGUACGCCGCUCAGUGUUUUCCAUAGGGAGUUUAGGAGCCAGCAGUGCUUGAGUCAUGAGCUCGUUACUGAAAAUCCCUCUCCCUGAACAUUUUGGCCAGCAGAAAUUAAUAUAACUGACAGGCUUAUUGAUUCUAAAAUUUUUUUCAUGAGUUGCUUUUUUUAUUUAAAAUUUUUAAAUGACCAAACCUGUGGGGCAGGGGAUGCCCAGAGCAGUGGUGAUAUUAAAGCACCCAUUCCCUUGUCCCUUCAGGUUGCCCAUUCACAUUCAUCUGUGUACCAUUUGACUGUCUCUUUUAUAACCCAGGGCAGUAACAACCCACACCCAUCUUCCUUCAGGGACCUCCCAGCUAGCACCCUGUUUGUGGGUGCUAUGCAGAAUGCCAUUUAAUGGGUAUUUCUCAGCCUGAUUCAGAAUAAAUAGAACCCUUGAUCCCAGAAAGUAUAGACUGAAGUGUGGGGUAAAGAUUAUGAUUUGGGGAGGGUUAGAGACAAAAGCUGUAAAUUACUAUGGCUGAUUGAUUUAUUUCUACUAUAUACAUAUAUAUAUAUAUAUUUUUUGCUUUUGUAUAUCCUAUAUAGGAAACUAAGCAUUGUAUUUUUUUAACAAAUCUGAGAAAGCACUAUGAACUGCAGAUGUUUGACUUUCAGAAUAUAUUUUGUAUUGUUAAUAUCUUCACAUUGUGUGAAUACUGGAAGCUGCAGAUCUUUGCUAGGACGCAAUAAAUUUAUAUACUUUUUGAGGGGUUCUUCGGGGGGUGUUAA